AUGCCCAUCUCAAAAAGAGCGAAGGUAAUCCACGAGUCCAGGACUCAAAAAAAAUCGCACAAAGAGCAGACUCGUCGACUAUAUGCAAAUGUCCAAGCUGCCGUUGAGGAAUAUGACCAUCUCUUUGUAUUCGCUGUUGAUAAUAUGAGAAACACUUAUCUGAAGGAUGUACGGACCGAGUUUUCGGACAGUCGACUCUUCUUUGGCAAAACCAAGGUCAUGGCAAUUGCUCUAGGAACAACGCCGGAAACCGCAUAUGCACCAAAUCUCAACCUUCUCUCACCGUAUCUCACUGGCGCAGUUGGAUUACUAUUUACAUCCCGCGACCCUCAAUCUGUUCUCGACUUCUUCGAAUCAUUCCACCCCAUUGACUUCGCUCGCGCGGGGAAUAUAACACCUCGGUCUUUCACAAUACCCAGCGGGGUCGUAUAUUCACGAGCUGGUGAAAUACCGGCCGAAGAUGACGAGCCGAUCAGCCAUACAAUUGAGCCAACUCUACGGAAACUGAACGUCCCUACGAGGCUGGUGAAGGGGAAAGUUAUGCUAGAAAUGGAGGGUGACGGAUAUCAGGUCUGCAAGGCAGGCGAAGAGCUUGAUUCCAGGCAGUCAACGCUCCUGAAGAUGUUUGGCGUCGCUGUUGCUGAAUUUAAAGUUGAGAUGAAGGCUCGCUGGGAGAAGAAGAGCGGAGAGGUUGUGGUGUUGGAGAAACAGGAAAUAAUGGAGGUCGAUGCAUGA